AGGCGCGCUUGCGGAGUCCCUGCUGGAGCUGCUGGGCUUCGAAUGGGUGGUCUCUGGCAGGAGCAGGCACCCCGCCUACGGCUCCCAGUGCGCGCCUCACCUCGUGUUGGGCACCCCCAUGGGGUCCAUCAGCUACGCCAACUUCUGCCACUGCUACCGUCGCGAGCUCGCGAGGCUUGCAGGGCCACAUGGCGCGCGGACGAGCCGGUGGGUGCGCUUCCUGGACUCCAAGCGCGGCCCCGACACAGGGCUGCUGAUGGCGAGCCUGUUUCUGUACAGGGCGACGGCGGACCCCCCCGCUGGGCCUUCUGGGCGCGGAGGCCCCCGCGGCGCCGGCUUCCUGCCCCUCACCACGUGGUCCAGGGAGAGGCUUGCUCUCAUGUCGGCGUCGCUCGGCGAUCAGCACUUGCCGGGCGGGCCCGAGGUGCAGGUGCAGUGCCCCGACGAGCCCCGCCCGCGGCAUCGCCGCGCGGUGAUGCGCCGCUGUCCGCUAGAGGCGCGUCGACGGGUGAUGGAGGGCGAGCCGCUCGCGGAUGCCAACUCGAUCUACUGGAUCACGACGCCCGACUUCGACGUCUACUCCGAGGAGUUGUCGGCGCCGCCAUUGACGGGCGUCGCGGGCACCGCGCCAGACGGCGGAGCCCUGGUUCCAGCGCCCGGGAUCGGCCGCGCCGCGCACUUGAAACGGGCGCGGGCGUUCUCGCCACUCCCGACGCCCGCGGCCUUCGCGGAGGCUCUGCGAGCUGGUCUGGGCGAGGUGGCCCAGCUCGUCGGCGUCUUCGGGAUCGCCGGGGGCCCCGCUCUAGGCGGGCGGCGGCGCGUCUCCAACAGCGGCCUCGGCGACUCAGACUUCACCUCUGACGCGAAGGACAGGUGCCUGCGCGCGCCUGGCAUCGCGCUGGCGAGCCGCGGCGGGGAGUUGAUGGUGCUUGUCGAUUGUUCUGAUGCCGCAGCUGCCGCCGCGCCCGAGCAGGGCGCCAGGGUCCUUGAGAUCUCUCGCGACGAGCUGGGCAAUCGGCGCAGGGGUGUGAUGGGGGCGAUCGACUGUUGCGCUGAGGGCGCAUGGGUCAGCUGGCCGCUGACGGGCCCGCGCACGGCGAUGUGGUGCUUGACCUUCACUGCCCAAACAAACGGGCAUCCGAGGGCCAGGCGCGCGCGGUGGAAGCAUGCCUGUCGGCUCGCGAGCGGCGACCAUGAGGCGGCCAUGAAGGGGUUGGGGCGCGCGCUCACGCAUGACCGGCUUGCAGUGCCAGAGUUCGUUUUCGCUGUGUUUUUUUUGAGGCGGGUCCAGCUGGCCGAGUUCAGGCGCCGGCGUCUUCUGCUGCGGCCCGACGACUACGGGGGCGACUCGGCGAACGACGAGUUCUUCUACCUCGGCCUCGGCGAGGCCAGCGGGCACGUCAUGUCGCGCCCUGCCUUGGAGGAGCGCGUCGCCCCCGAGCUCCGCAGGGAGAGCACGGUGGCCAUGGGGCGGCGCAAGCUGCGGGAGGGGCGGCAGCUGGCCCGCGCAUCUCCUGGCGCGGCGCCCACCCAGGCGGCCGCGGCGGCAGUCGCUUUGGCCGCCGACCCGCUGCGCUCGCCAGCGAGCGCGCCUGCUGCCAACUCGAAGGCCGUGGCGAAGCCGAAAGGGGAAAGCGCAACGAGGCGCGUCGGCAUAUUUCAGACGUAUUUCGAGCUGUUCCUGCUUCGCCGUGCGCGGCCGUGGAAGCCUUCGAGGAGCUUUGCGGCGCUCGAGCGGGCGUCGACAGUUGGCAUUUUAUGUGUCAGGCAGAAGAGUGGCAUGCGACGUAGGAUUCUGGGCGCCAGGCCUGUGAAUGCGAGAUUCCAGGAGGCAGGGCGCACAAUCCUGCCGAUGCCAUGUGUUUGGGCCAGCGUCGAGCUGCAGCCUGAGGACGAGCUGGUGUUCUCGCAGAUGGACUUGGUGGCAGUGGCCGCUUGCGUUGACAUCGCUGCUAUCGCCUGCGCUGACGAGAAGCGGGUCACAGUCGCGGCAGACGCGGUGAUCAGGCAGUUGGAGGCCGACGGGUUGGACUGCAAGACGAUUGAGCACGGGCCCGACAUCGCGCACUUCACUGGCCUGGGCUUGCAUCGCGCCUCUGGCCGCAUAUCUGCGGGUCACUGGAGGUGCUGGGCGGGCAGGCCCGGCUUGUCUCACGUCGUGGCGGUGGGGCAUGCUAGCGGCCCUGAGAUUCAUUCGCUCCUGGGGCAUUACACCUGGUCUGCUAUCCUUCGACGGCGUUGGCUCUCGCCACCGCAUGCAUGCUAUUGCUUCGUGGACAAGGCGGGCCUGGACUGGGUGCCACUCUGGCCGUCCGUUCGACGUUUGGUCGGGUGGAUGAUAUCGCUGCCCCCGCUGGCCUACGCCGAUGCAAAGCCCCCCCUGGUCUGGCAGCGUGACCGCGACAGACUCCGAGGGCGCCGACCUGAUCGACAGCGGGGGUUUCUGUGUCGUUCGGAAGUGCAGGCGCGGGCUUGGAGGCGGCAGCGGGGGCGCUGGCGCUUCGCUGUGGCCGACGCGGCGCAGGCUCGCGCGGCGGCGUUGGCCGCCGCUGCCAGCCCCGCGGCUGCGGCGGCAGGCGCCGACGCCGAGGCCGCCUCCUCGGUCUUGGGCGUCGCUUACAACCACCUCGACGGCAGCGCCAUCGGCGACUUCAGCAGCUGGCAGCUGCGGGUCAGGGGCCGCUGGCGGCGCGCAGAGGGCAUCGCGUCUACGGGGGGGCGGCUGCGGUCAUUGCCGCCCGACAAGCGCUUCGGUCAGUUGAAAGCCUCCACCAUUGUCACGUCAACGUCGUUCAACCCCGCCGAUGGGCCAUCCAGGCUCAAGGGGCCUGUGGUGCGGGGCGGUGGCGCCGACCCCCGCGAUGCCCGCGGGCGCGUCGGCUCGGCCGACGCGCAGCUCCGCGCCCGUGCAGCUGCCGUCGAGGCCUUUGCCCGCGACGAGCUCAGGCGCGGUGGUGCCGCUGGGGCGGCCGCAUUCGGUAGGUGGGCGCCUCCUCCGCCGCUCGACCUCGCAGGUGCCGACGACGCCAUCGGCGACUGGCAUUCUGCGGCGAGCUCCGCCGACUCCAGCAGCUCCUCCGACGACGAGGGGGCCUGUGCUGAGGCUCAUCGAGCUCGCGCUUCGGUGUGCAGGGACCUUGGCGCCCCCUUCCUGGGGGCCAACCGGGCGACUCGCAACUCGGCGACGCUGUGCGAUCGGUGCCUCUCCGACUUCCGCAAGUGGGCGGCCAUGGCAGGGAUGCCGCUCUUUGCGCCUGCCGAGAUCGACUUCGCACUCGAGGAGCACCUCGAGGACCUGUACUUCAGCGGGUUCAACCACGACGCGGGCGAGACGGUGGUGGUGGGCGUGGAGUUCCGCAUCCCCGAGCUGCAGAUCCCAGGAGGCACCGUGCUUCCACGGGCAAAGAACGCUCUGCGGAGCUUUCGCCGCCUGGCGCCAGGACGUACCUUCGCCCCACUGAGUGCCACUGGCGGGCAGCUCGUCCCGCCGCGCCCUGGCGCGGCCACCGCGUCAUGGGCGCUGCUGCUGGCGCCGUCGGAGCUGUCGGUGGCAUCGAAGACUCACGAGUUCGACGAGAGCCUUCUGCUCAACAACGUGGAGUUCGGCCCCCCCAGGCCUGAGAUGAGCGCCCUCUUUUUGGACUCCGAUGAGCAGCGGCAUCUUGAGGCACAACCCGCCGCUGCAACGAAGAUGGCCCGCGCGCUGCUCCUGGCCGCCGUGGCGCUGGCGCCGUGGGCGUGCGCGCAGGGCCCAACGCCAGUGCAGAAGGUGAUCGAGCUGCUGGAGGGGAUGCUCGCCAAGGGCAAGGAAGACAAGAAGGCCGAGCAGGUGAACUACGCCGCCUUCAGCCAGUUCUGCGAGGACACCGAGGUCGAGACCUCGCGCAACAUCAAGGAGGCCGAGGAGAAGAUCGCCACCCUGAAGGCAGACAUCGAGGAGUACAAGGCCGAGGCGGCGCGCCUGCAGGAGGAGGCCAAGCUGCUCGAGGGUGACAUCUCCGCGUGGCAGGGCGAUGACAAGGCAGCCACAAAGGUCCGCGACAUCGAGAAAGCAGCCUACGACGAGCUGCAUCAGGACUACUCGGAGUCGGUCUCCGCGCUGAAGCGGGCCAUCGAGGUGCUGAAGGCGAAGGCCCACGACCUCCCGCAGGCCUCCAUGGCGCAACUGUCGGCGCUGCAGACAAGGAGGCUCAUCCCCAAGGAGGCCAGGCAGGCCCUCGCCGCCUUCCUGCAGGACGGCCAGGGGCCCGAGGCGCCGGACGCGAUGGGUUACGAGUUCCACGCGCAUGGCAUCAUCGAGAUGCUGGAGAAGCUGCUCGACAAGUUCACGGCGGAGCGCACCGGCAUCGAGAACCAGGAGAGGACGAAUUUGCACGAGUACGAGCUUCUCAUCCAGCCGGAGAGCGCCUCGCCCCAGCAGCCCCCGGCGCUGCUCAGCGCCCAGCGGCAGCCCGGCGGCCUGGCGCCCCGGCAGCCGGCAACAUGCUCCCAGAAGGGUGAGCAGUUCCAGGCGCGCCAGCAGCUGCGCGCCGAGGAGCUGGUCGCCGUCGAGAAGGCGAUCGAGAUCAUCAAGGGCGAGACCGUCACGGGGUAUGCUGAGAAGCACCUGCCCACCCUCAUGCACGUUCAGGCGAUUGGACGCUCGUUGGCGGCACUCCGCUCCGACGCGCACUCAGCGCACGUGCAGAAGAGGGUGGCCGCGUUCCUGCGCCGGCAGGCCAGCAGGACCGGGAGCCGGGUGCUCUCCAUGCUCGCCGCGCGGGUUGAGGCGGACCCGUUCGCCAAGGUCAAGCAACUGAUCAAGGACCUGAUCACGCGACUCCUGGAGGAGGCGUCCGACGAGGCGGAACACAAGAGCUGGUGCGAUACAGAGCUUUCGACCAACGAACAGACCAGGAAGGAGAAGACGGCGCAGGUGGAGAUUCUCCAUGCGGAGAAGGAUGGGCUGGAGACCUCCAUCGCUAAGCUGGCCGAAGAGCUCUCCAAGUUGGCCGAUGCCAUCGCGGACCUUGACAAGGCCAUGGCCGAGGCCACUGACCUGCGUACGACUGAGAAGGCGAAGAACGACGAGACAAUCGACGAGUCGCAGCAGGCCCAGAAGGCCGUCGCGCAGGCCCUCGUCGUGCUGAAGGAGUUCUACGCCAAGGCCGCCGAGGCCACGGCCCUCGUGCAGCAGGAGCCUCUCGGAAGGGUGGAGCCCCCCCGCAACCCAGACAUCCCCAAGAUGUACAAGAGCGCCUACAAGGGCAUGGGCGGUGAGGCGAAGGGCGUGGUGGGUAUGCUCGAGGUCAUCGAGACGGACUUCGCUCGCCUGGAGGCGGACACAAAAGCUGCAGAAGCGGCGGCGCAGAAGGAGUACGACAUGUUCAUGGCCGACUCCAAGGAGGACAAGGCCACCAAGGAGAAGGAGGUCGAGAACAAGAACUUCAAGAAGCAGGACGAGGCGCAGGCGCUCGUCGUGACCCAGAAGAACUUGGAGGGCACGCAGAAGGAGCUCGACGCCUCCCUGGCCUAUUUCGACAAACUGAAGCCAUCCUGCAUCGACGUCGGCGUGGCGUACGAGGACCGCGUGGAGCGCCGGAAAGAGGAAAUUGCUUCCCUGCAGGAGGCACUCAAAAUUCUCAGCGGCGAGGACAUUGCAUGAGUGAGCCUCGCGCGAAGCUCGCGUAGUCCGUGUCUCACCAGCCACCAGCCAACUAGCUGAAUGAUGGUCUGUCAAGUUUUCCUUCCUGGAGCGCAGCAAAGAUGUGCACCACCCAUGCAGGGAUGGGCGCGUCUUGGAGGGUACGCGGUUCCCCUGAUCUCCCAGUCGCCAGCCUCACAUCAUCACGCUUCUUCUUCCAAUCGAACUUGACGCUGUCGGCCAGCCCUCGACCGGAGAAUUGGCACAUCGAGCCGCAACUGACAUACAUUUGAUGCAUGAAUCACAUCGUGCAACAAUGAACUGGCCAAGCUUUUGCCACAUGCGACCUGAAAGGCGCGAGCCUUGAAUGUACUGCUAUCGGGCUCUCGAUGGAAUGGUAUGCAUCUUCCUGUAUCGACACGUUCGGAGCAAGUGUGUAGUAUCGUCCAGUAAACAUGGCAUGCACCAUUGCUACACACAUUGUUCAAGGUGGACCUAGCAACGCUGGGUUCUUCUGUUCUUCCUGCGCUCAGGAUGUCACUCCGGC